AAUCUAAAUGUUCAGUUAAACAGAUUGUUGAAUAUUUACUGUAAAAACAUUAAUUGUUUUAACCUGAUAGCUUCAGUGUUUUUUCUGCAGGGCAUCUUCAGACUCUUAUUUUGACAGUGCAGACAGGACGUGAGGCCGUGAUGUGUGUGACUUCACUUCCUUUCAGUGCCCUGUCCUCCCCCUCUCCUCUCUCUCUCUCUCUCUCUGUCUCUCUCUGUCUUUCUCUCUCUCCCCCUGUCUCUCUCAGGUAAUGGACACUCAGAAGGAAGCUCUGCGCAGGAUCAUCACCACAUUAACCAAUAAAAACGAAGAGCUCCAAAACUUCCUGGAGACGGUCGACAACACGCUGACGGGACUGCAGGAGGAGUCAUGUAAGGUGAUGUCAGACCUGGAGGCGGAGCUUGGUCAGCUAAGCUCCACCCUGGAGGAGAAGGGUGCGGAGCUCCGUGGCAUCAUCAAAGAGGAGAAAUGCAGGAAGGAAGCGGAGCUUCAGAGUUUGUUUGUGGUUUUUCAGAAACAGUUGUCAGAUGGAAAAUUUGCGCUGCUUUCAUGUGAAGAACUCCUUGAGUUUGCAAAUCAAACACUGACCAUCACCAGCGAAGAAGAAUUCCUGAAGGCUGCAAAACAAAUCAAAGAAAGGGUAACGAUGGCUCCGGCAUUUCGGCUGACGACUCGUCCGGUGGUGUCGGAGAACAUGUCCCAGUUCACUGCUGACUUCAGCGCAGAGAGAGUGGUGCUUCAACGACUUCACUUCCUGCCAGUGCCCAAAGCUCCAGAGAUCAACAUCUCCCGCUGCAUUGUCCACGACAACAACAUCACGGUCACCUGGCGACCAGCCAGUGAGGUUGACGGUGAGGGCGGACCAACUGAACACUACGAACUUGAAUACAGAAAAACGAACCGCGACAGCUCGCUGAGAGCUGCUGGGGAUGCAUGCUGGGAAAAAAUCUGUGAUAUCACAGAGACUCAGGUCACAAUCUCAGGUCUAAAGUUUGAUUCCCGCUUCAUCUCAGUUCGAGUUCGAGCAAAAAACAAAACUGCUGCAGGAGAGUUCUCUGAGUCCGUUACCAUAGAGACCAGAGCGUAUAACUUUGGCUUCGAUGCGUCUACGGCUCACGCUGAGCUGAAGGUUCAAGGCGACACGGUGACCUGGGAGCCUCAGGGGGUCAAAGGUCACGACCUUCGACUCCGAGGCAAAGAGAGUAAAAGCAGCAGCAGAAGCGCCACACCGUCACCCAAUAAGGUGGCAGGAAGUCGAGCUGGACGAGACAGGUUCGCUGGAGAGUCGUACACAGUACUUGGCGACCAGGAGAUGAUUGGUGGCUGCUACUAUUGGGAGCUCUGCCCCCUGGCUGACUGGAAGUCCUUCAGUGUGGGCGUGGCCUAUCGGGCCAGCCUGGGUCGCUUCGACCAAUUAGGGAAGAGCACUGGUUCGUGGUGUCUCCAUGCCAGCCAAUGGUUGCAGAGCUCGCUCGCUGCUAAACACAACAACCGUGCGAAAGCACUUGAUUGGCCACUGCCUCAGCGAAUCGGAAUCUACUGCGAUUACGACAACGGUGAUUUAUCUUUUAUUGAUGUUGAUCGACUUCGUCUUCUUCACUGCUUUAAAACUAAGUUCAGUCAGCCCCUCAUCCCCGCAUUCACUGUUUGGUGUGGUGGUAUCACCAUAACAACAGGUCUGCAGGUGCCGAGUUUCAUGGAAAAUUUCCUCUCCACCAAUCGGAGCCUGAGUAACCUGUCACAGUAAAUCCACUUUAAUUAUCUGUUUCUAUUUUAUUUUAUAUUUCAUAAUGUCAGAACUUGAUUUGUUAUAUUUUUAUUUAUUAAUUUAAAAUUAAUAAAUUAUAUUGGGUAUAGAAUGAACUGUUGUGCUUAUAGAAUAUUAUAGUGUAAAACAAAUAAUCAUAUAUGUACAUAAUUAUAAGGCCUAUAAUGAUUUCUAAAAACUAUUAUUGAUUAUUCUUGCCUGCUCUUAUUUUGAAAGUCUUGACCUGAAGCCAUAGUUGGAUAGUAUGUGUGCUUUUAUUUUGAAGAAAUACUACUGUUGUCCAUUAACUAGGGCUUUUCUUUUGAGUGUUGUAUCUCAGUAGAAACAGGAACAUUCCCUUUGACUUUCAAUGCUGCACGCUGUAACCAGAUGUCAUUUAUUGUUAAAGUUCAGGAGGAAGUUGUUAUUUUGAAGGGUAAAUUUGAAUAUUAGAAAACACUUUUGUUUGUUUUUUCAGUGGAUGAAAAUUUAUUAAAAAUGUGAACUUUAGAUUCAGAAAAUAUGAGGUAAUAUCAGAGAUGAUGUUUGUUAUUGAUUCUUCUCAUGUAUCAAUCACCCAAAAUCAGUUUUUUUAAUAUCAGAAAUGUUUUGAUAAAUUGGAAAAUAAAAAAUGUUGAUGAAGUAAACUUA